UAUGAAAUACUUUGCAGUCCUAGUGAUAUUAUAUGCAUCAUUAUUAUGCACAUGUUAUUCUAAAAGUACAGAAAAGAAUGAGAAAUCUGUAUAUUUCAUAUUUUCAGAGGAAUGCUUUGAUAAAUUAGUACUCUAAAAAGAUUUCUUAAAUAUUGAAUGCAUUAAAAAGACUUUAUCUGAAUUAAUUAGUUAUUCAAUUGUAGCUUUAUCAGUCAUUUUGAAAGCACCUUAGAUUUUUAAGAUAGUACAAAAAUCAAAAGUAACUGGAUUAUCAUUUGAUUCAAUUUUCUUUGAAGUAUUUUAUUAAUAUAAUCUAAGCUCUUUGUUUAUUCAUUUUCUAUUGCUUAUAAUAUGCAUAAAUAAAAUCCUUGGAAACUUUAUGCAGAAAAUGUUGCCAUAUUAAUAUAAACUGUGAUUAUAGUUGCACUUUAUAAGAUUUAUGAGAAAUAAUUCACAAUGAGAUAAUUUUAUAUAAGAACUGCUAUUUUUAUUGGAAUAAACUUACCAUUAUUCACAGGACUUAUUCCUAAUAGUGUAUUUAACUUAGCUAUUAUCAUAAAUAUAUGUUUAAGUAAAAUAUCAUAAAAAUAAUAUUUUAGUUAUGUUUGCAAGAUUACCUUAAAUUUGGUCAAACUUUAGAAAUAAGGAUACUGGUUAACUUGCUUUUAUAACAAUCUUUUUAUAAUUUGCUGGAGCAGCUGCAAGAUGUUUCACUAUAUUAGUCAGUUCAACAGAUGGAAUGUUAAUAGUAAAUUAUAUAUUUAUUUAUUUUAUUUAGCUCCUCAAUGUUAUCAGUGUAACCUUGAAUUUUACACUAGUAUUUUAAAUGAUAACAUAUUGGAAUUCAAAGAAAGGAAAGACAGAUUGAGUU